AUCCAAUUCAAAAUCGAAUUCGUCUUGAAAGAAGCAAUGAGCAAGCACCAAUCCAUUGAUGGUCGUUUUGAGAGGCAGUUAGAUGACACUCCGAAUGGAUCACCUCCAUCAUCUCGCCAGCUGUUUAGUCGUCGAGUCACCGAUGACYAUCUGUGUCACGAUGGGGACGGGAUGGGAGCCAGUGUUGGAUGCAGCAGGAAACGAUCGAGGGGCGGCCAAUCGAUCUCUGUCAGGGAAACUCCCGUAAACAACAACGACGAUAAUGAGUUUCCUGGGUUGCUGGACGAUGAUGCUUUUCGCCAAAUCGACGAAACGCCAUUUAAGAGGAAGAUAGCCGGCCAAAGCUCUGCAGAAUCUACAAAAGAAGUCGGAAAUUCUUCCAGGACUUGCUAUAAGGCGGCAACUCUUUCCGUAACUCCUCUACCAUCGAAGAAUUCCAACAAUAUGGGCAUUAGUCGAAGCAGCAACGCCAUAAAUGUUAAAAAAGCCACUGAUUCAACUAAUCAAGGAGAUCCGUCAUCGCAGGCUGCAUUAAGUGGUGGUACUCAAGACGAAUUUGCUGCUAUACCUGAUGAAGCUUUCCUCGCCUUACUCUGUCCCACUACGGAUACACCCUCUAGAAUUCCUAAAGCGAUAAAUCAUUCAGCGAUAAAUCAUUCAAGUUCAGGCAAAGCAGGAACAUUUACAACAGGGCAUCGAAAAUCGUCUCAUGAUUCCAAUCGUGAUGGCUAUCAAUCUASAGGAAAUCUUUGUAGCARUGUUGCAGAAGAUGUUGAUGGCGACAAUUACGACGCAGACCUUCACGAGGAUCUGAACAUCAGACUCACAGUCGAUCAACUCACACAAGAGGUUGUUGACUUUGAUUCCAUGUAURAACCUAGAAGUGCCGAUGAUACCAAUGAACUUAUAGUCGAAGAAUUAGAAGCUGAUCAGCAAGGCGGGCCMGUCGUAAAGGUCGCGAAUGACAACGGAUUCGACGAAUCAAAGGCGCUUAGACAGCCCACAAUGUCGCAAUUUUAUGCGCGGGAGACUGAAAGCACAAGAUCUGCACCAACGAUAGCAAAGUACGUGGAAUAUAAUGGACGUCAUUUCUUCAGGAGCGACAUUUGGAGGCUUGACAGUAGUAAUCUAAUUGUACAAAUUGAGAAUUUUUCGAAGGAGAAACUCAGYGGAAGCAUGAGACGACGCAAGAUGGCAAACGUAAAAAAUAAGUUCCAUCUAGCUAUCAAAAAUCUUCCAUGUCUCUCAAUCAAAGGUGCGCAGAGGUUGAUUGAGUAUUGGAAAGCAAAAGGAAUAACCGGUCCGGAGUAUGUGCAGUGCGAAUGGCAUCAGAAAUUAUCGAUUCCUCGCUUUCCAUUGAGUCAGUUCGAGGAGCGAAUCACGAAGCCGAUUGUGUCAGACUUGAUUUAUAGAUCCUUUCGAGACAAACAGUUCACUUUCAAGUACAAGCCAUCCGCGCUCCAUUYGUCCGAAAAACCUGCCAUCCCGACGACCCCAGAAGGAAAAUUAAGAGUGUUGGAUCUCUAUGCUGGUGCUGGUGGAUUUAGCCAAGGCCUAAAAGAUGCAGGGUUUCAUGUGAGUCACCACGUCGACAGCGAUACUGCAUCAUGUUCGACUCUGCAAGCCAACUUCUCGGACAGCAAGGUGUUUCAAUGUUCGGUGCAAGAUUUCCUCGCAGGUUGUCGCCACAAUCCUAAAUCGACCCGCUAUCCACCACAGAAUGGGUUCUUUGCUCUAAUUCAUGGGUCAUCGCCAUGUCAGGGUUUUUCUUCUGCCAAUCGCAAUGGUGGGGCUAAUGAUGAUGCAAACAAUUSAGAAACAUUUACAUUUAUGGAAGCCGUCAAAUACUUCCAACCUCCUUUUGUCACUUUCGAGAACGUUGAAGGGAUAACACACGAUAAGCACAAACGUUAUCUCCAUAAGAUGACCGAAGAAUUUCUUAAGAUGGACUAUCAGAUUCGAGAAUUGUUGUUGACCGCAUCUGAUUAUGGGGAUGCACAAAAUAGAACACGAUUCUUCAUUUUGGCGUCAAAGAAAGGSUUAAAACUUCCACGUGUACCGAAUCCCASUCACGGCGACGAUGCUUCUGUUGCACCAAGACGAACAACCAAGGAUGCCUUGCAAUUUUUAGAAGACAUAUCUCCAUUAGCAUACGAAGGGGAGGUCAAGGUCCAAUUCAAUGGCGUUCCGCUCAGUUUGCAAGGCCAUAAAUUCAAAGAAUUCAAACCGAACGAAGAUGAUGUUAAAUUGAAGCCCCAUGUUCCCGCUCCCACGGUGAUUAAAAAACGUGUCAUACUUCACUACAAAAACAAUAAUCGYCAAUUAACGAGACUCGAACGAGCGCAGUUGCAGAGUUUUCCUCCGACUUACAAAUUCUAUGGAACCGACUCUGAGAUUCGCGAUCAAAUUGGAAACGCCGUUCCARUCUGCCUUGCGCGAGCGAUUGGAAGUUGCGUCAUGGAAGCCAUCUUAAGGAGUGGGGAAAUAAAUUAGAUUUAAUACAAUAGAUCGACAAAAACUUC